AUGACAGAUCUGGACGACAAUAUAUGCAAAGGAUAUAUAAAGAUGAUAACAAAUAUAGUAAUAUUGAGCCUGAUUGUUUCCAUUUCUUUAGUUUUCUGGAUUAUGUCUAUGACUGCAAGUACCUAUUAUGGUAACUUACGGCCUAUUUCUCCUUGGCGCUGGCUGUUUUCUGUUGUUGUUCCUGUUUUGAUCGUCUCUAAUGGCUUUAAAAAGAAAAGUCUAGACCACAGUGGGGCUUUAGGAGGGUUAAUAGUUGGAUUUAUCCUAACCAUUGCAAAUUUCAGCUUUUUUACCUCUUUGCUGAUGUUUUUCCUAUCUUCUUCAAAACUCACCAAAUGGAAGGGAGAAACAAAGAAACGGCUAGAUUCAGAGUAUAAAGAAGGUGGGCAGAGGAAUUGGGUUCAGGUAUUCUGUAAUGGAGCUGUGCCCACAGAGCUGGCCCUGCUGUACAUGAUAGAAAAUGGCCCUGGGGAAAUCCCAAUCGACUUUUCCAAGCAGUAUAGUGCUUCUUGGAUGUGUCUGUCUCUCUUAGCUGCACUGGCCUGUUCUGCUGGAGACACAUGGGCUUCAGAAGUUGGUACUGUUCUGAGUAAAAGCCCACCAAGGCUAAUAACAACCUGGGAGAAAGUUCCAGUUGGGACCAAUGGAGGGGUUACAUUAGUGGGCCUUGCCUCCAGUCUCCUUGGUGGUACCUUUGUGGGCAUUGCGUACUUCCUCACACAGUUGGCUUUUGUAAAUGAUUUAGACAUUUCUGCUCCCCAGUGGCCAAUUAUCGCAUUUGGGGGUCUGGCUGGAUUACUAGGAUCAAUUCUGGACUCAUAUUUAGGAGCUACAAUGCAAUUUACUGGUUUGGAUGAGAGCACAGGCAUGGUGGUCAACACUCCAGUGAACGAGGCAAAGUACAUAGCAGGGAAACCCAUUCUUGAUAACAAUGCAGUGAAUCUGUUUUCUUCUGUCCUUAUUGCUCUCUUGCUUCCAACAGCUGCUUGUGCUUUGUGGCCCAGGGAGUGAAUCUUACAUCAUUUCCACAGGUUGAAACUGUGGUGAGUUCAGCUAGAUUUGCAAUUCCAAGUUCUAUCCUAAGAACAGUAAUUUUAAUGGUUUAAAGCAGAAAUGCCAGCUUCUCACAUAUUCCAUUGUGAUAGGAUUCUAUAUUUUCUCUCUUAUCAACUCCCUUGUAACAGCUAACAUCUUUCUAGUGAAAGACAAGAGUGCUUAGAAUUUAUGUAUAUUUUUCUUCUGCUGGAUGGAACUUCUUAGCAAUGAAGUUGUGUUGUCCC